AUGGCCAAAACGGAAGCUAAACGCGAGGGGUCACAGGAGGUGUUUGCCGAGGUGGACCGUCUCCUGGCUACAGUGGAGAUUCAGUCACUCGCGGCGCCACCUAAGCGCGUCGCGCGCGCGCCAGACGCCCCCUCGGCGUCGAGCAGCCCGCGCCGCGCCGGCAGCCCAUCUUACACGGGCAGCGGCGCGGGGCCGCCCCUCGAGCUCCGCGCGCGCGCCGCGGCGCCGGCGCCGCGGCUCACUUUUUUCGGCGCUGGCAGCAGCCAAAGCGGCAGCGAUGACACCAGCACGCGCGGUGCCGGCGACGCCGGCGGCGCCGCCGUUGGUGAUGACGCCGCACUCCUCACCAGCCUGGCCGCCCUCUGGGCAUCAGAUGAGGAGCGAUUGGAGCGCCGGCGCCGCUCGAGCGCCGCCGGCCGCGGCAGCAGCCGCGCCUCCAGCGGCCCCUGCAGCAGCAGCGCCAGCGAAGACGGCGCACCGCCGCCCGGCGCGCCGCUGAGCCCAGGGGAGCUGCAGCUGCUGAAGAUACUGUUGGAGGGAGGGCCCGGCAGUGAAGGCGAGAGCGCCUGCAGCAGCGGCGGCGGCUGCGACGCGGCUGCUCCAGCGUCGCCGGCGGUGCACCGCUUUGUCGGCCGCCCCAGGCUCCGGGCCAAGCGCCACGGCGGCGGCGCGGCCGAGGCGGCGGCGUGCGCGGAUGCGGCGGGGCUGGCGCACGAAGAGUCGGAGGCCGAGAGCGAGGGCAUGCAGCAGGACUGCCCAGCCACAGGGCUUCACCCGUGCACGCCGCAGCAUCUCAGCGCCAUGGGCUGCCGGGCCCGCGCCCACACCCACAACACGUGCGGCGCCUGCUGUGCCGCCGCCGCCGCGGCCGCGGCCCGGCAGGCCUCAUGGAGCCCUCGCGGCUGUCAGCAGGUACACCCUGCGCAACUGCUCGGCGGGAGUUUCUUUGGCGGGUGCGGUCAGCACCCUGCCAUGCAGGACGAGGAGGACUCGCUGAUGCCCGGUGACGUCAUCGGUGACUGCAAUGCUGACGGCACCGAUGCAGGCGCAGCGGCCGGCGGCGCAUGA